AUGGCCGCUGCGUUUCAACAACAGAUUUUUGCACUGGAUGCACGAUUUAACGCUUACAGAGCACCAGGAAAUCCGAAUUUCAAAACUUUAUACAUACGACGAAGGAGCCAGCUUCUCAGAGAAAAUGCAAAAUUUAAGGAUAUCGAAACAAUAAAAAAGUACAUAAAUAUUAGAAGCCAGUUACUGCAGAGGAGAUAUGGAGUGCAGGAUAAUGUAUCCAUCAGUUCGUCAUCGUCAAGGCAAAGAUCUAACAGUAAAGCGAGCCUUCGUGUUGAAGAAAGUAUUACUAUAAAUGCUAAAAAGAAAAAUGAUAUGACAAUAUCUGAAAAUUAUGCAUUUUCUGGAGUUCAUCAUAUAUUUGAUCAGCAUACACAACAAGUGAGCAUGGUGAAGUUUGCUAACAAUGACCGCAGCAAGCUGUGCUGUGUGUCACAUGACGGCACUGUGUCUGUGUGCGACGUCACUGCAGUGCCUCCCCAAGUGUCUUUCAUUCUUACAGGACACACAGAGCCCGUCACGGGAUGCGACUGGUCCGCCUCCAACGAGGUGCUGGUGACGUGCGCGCUGGACGGCAUGCUGCUGGUGUGGCGCGUGGGCGCGGCGGGCGGCGUGCGCCUGCGCGCCGUGCGCGACCAGCUCGCCGCGCCGCUGCUCUGCUGCGCCUUCCAGCCCGCCAACAACAACAUGGUCAUCGCUGGUAACGCAAGAGGAAUGGUAGAAGUUCUCAACGUGUCGACAGGAAUAUAUCCUCGAGGUGGCAGCAGUAUUUUGGGCGGGAGAGUGACGGCGAUCGCGUGCGAGUCCAGCGGACGGAUUUUCUGGGCUGCUAAUGAUAAGGGCGUGAUCGUGAGCUACCGCACGUCGGGCACGGGCGCGCUCAGCAAGCUGCGGCGCGUGGGCGCGGGCGGCGCCGUGUCCUCGCUGGCGUGGAGCCCGUGGCUGGCGCGCCACCCCGCGCUGCUCGUCAGCGCCAACGACGACUCGCUGUACUUGUUCAGGAUCACGGACCGCGAGGGCGGGCUGUCGCUCAAGAAGCGGUUCAGCACGCUGCAGCGCUCGCACGCGGUGCGCUCGUCCUUCUGCCCGCUGAUGUCGUUCCGGCGCGGCGUGUGCGUGGUGUCGGGCUCCGAGGACGCCUGCGUCUACUUCCUCGACAUCGAGGGCCACGCCCAGCAUCCCGUUGUCAAUAAGCUACAAGGUCACGCAUCGCCUGUGCUGGGGGUGAGCUUCAGCUACGACGAGUCCCUGCUGGCCACCAGUGACGCCUCCGGCCUCGUCAUCAUCUGGCGGAGGGGA